CAGUUGAUCGUCCAGAGAGGCAGAGACUUGGUCUUGGAUUGUGUUUCUUUUGGUUUAAAUCCUUCAUUUUUUUGGCUGUAUUCCUGUUCACUGAGUAGGGGACGUUUACUGGUCCAGAUCGGCGUCAUGAUGGCUAUCAGGGGACUGGCAUUACAAAGCUGUGCCGUUGCUUUGCUGCUCUUUUCUUUGCAUUUUGCCAAUGGGGAUGUAAGCUAUUCUUUUCCGGAGGAGAUGAAACGCGGAUCCGUGAUCGGAAAUAUCGCCAAAGACUUGGGUCUCGAAACAAGCCGACUAUCUGCUCGAAAGGCCCGCAUUGAUACCGAUGGGAGCGACAAACGUUAUUGUGAUUUAAACCUCCGUAACGGGGAUCUGACUGUUGCCGAGAGGAUCGACAGAGAGGGCCUUUGUGGAGACAAAGCAUCCUGCGUUUUAAAACAGGAUCUCAUGUUAGAGAAUCCAUUAGAAUUGCAUCGAAUUAGUCUGCAUGUCCAGGACAUAAAUGAUAACUCUCCGCAAUUUAAGAAAGAAUUGAUCCAUAUAGAUAUCAGUGAAUCUGCUGUCAAAGGUGCUCGUUUUCCAAUAGAAGAAGCACAUGAUGCGGAUGUAGGCAAAUAUUCAGUUCAGACGUACAACCUCCAAAGCAAUGAGAAUUUUAUUUUGGGCGUUGGAACCAAUUCUGUGGAACUUGUGCUUAACAAAGAGCUCGACCGCGAGAAAUUAAAGGAAAUCAAUCUGCUUCUCACAGCUCUAGAUGGAGGCUCUCCUCAGAGAUCAGGUACUGUAGUCAUACACGUCACUGUACUGGAUGCUAAUGAUAACGUCCCAGUGUUUAGCCAGGCCGUGUAUAAAGCCAGUCUGCCUGAAAACUCUCUAUUAGGUACUGUAGUGCUGACAGUGAGCGCUACUGAUGCAGACGAGGGACUAAAUGGAGACGUGACAUAUGAUUUUGGACACAUUUCAGAAGAUAUGAAGUCAAUGUUUACCAUAGAUCAUAAGACAGGUGAUAUAAAAUUGACGACCACAGUUGAUUUCGAAACGGCAUCAUCAUUUGAACUGCGUGUCACAGCAAAAGAUGGUUUGGGAUUAACUUCCUAUGCCAAAGCCAUCAUAGAUGUUACUGAUAUAAAUGACAACGCCCCAGUUAUAUAUAUAAAAUCACUGACUAACCCCAUACCUGAGAACGUGUCACCUGGUACAGAGGUGGGCAUCAUUAACGUGCAGGAUAGAGACUCUGAGAAUAACAGACAGGUCCGCUGCUCCAUUCAGCAAAACGUCCCUUUUAAGUUGGUUCCUUCUAUUAAGAACUAUUAUUCUCUGGUGACCACAGGACAACUGGACCGUGAACUAGUGUCUGAUUACAACAUUACAAUCAGUGCCACUGACGAGGGCUCUCCACCUCUGUCCUCCUCUAAAAGUGUUCAGUUAUCUGUAGCAGACAUCAACGACAACCCGCCUGUGUUUGAGGAACAGUCCUACAGCGCAUAUGUGAGUGAAAAUAACAAACCUGGCUCCACUUUAUGUUCCGUUACUGCUCGAGACCCCGACUGGAGACAAAACGGUACAGUGAUUUAUUCUCUGUUAGCUGGUGAGGUGAACGGUGCCCCGGUGUCCUCCUAUCUAUCUGUUAACGGAGACACGGGGGUGAUCCACGCUGUGAGGUCGUUUGAUUAUGAACAGUUCAGGAGUUUUAAAGUCCACGUGAUGGCCAGAGACAACGGUUCUCCUCCGCUCAGCAGCAACGUGACCGUCAGUGUCUUCAUAUCGGAUGUGAAUGACAACUCUCCUCAGAUACUGUACCCCGCCCCGGAGGGCAACUCCUUCAUGACCGAGCUGGUCCCCAAAGCUGCACACGGAGGCUCUCUGGUGUCCAAAGUGAUAGCGGUGGACGCGGACUCCGGACAGAACGCCUGGCUGUCCUAUCAUAUAGUGAAAUCCACUGAUCCGGGACUUUUCACUAUUGGUCUCCACAGCGGAGAGAUCAGGACACAGCGGGACAUUUCUGAGUCUGACAGCAUGAAACAGAACCUUAUUGUGGCAGUGAAAGAUAACGGACAGCCCUCUCUCUCUGCCACCUGUUCCAUGUAUUUACUGAUUUCUGAUAACUUGGCUGAGGUGCCAGAACUGAAGGAUAUUUCUUAUGAUGAGAAGAACUCCAAACUGACCUCUUAUCUGAUCAUCGCGCUUGUGUCUGUGUCCACCUUUUUUCUGACCUUCAUCAUCAUCAUCCUGGGUGUGAGGUUUUGUCGCAGGAGAAAGCCCAGACUGUUGUUUGAUGGAGCAGUUGCCAUCCCCAGUGCUUAUCUACCCCCUAAUUACGCAGAUGUUGACGGAACAGGAACUUUACGCAGCGCUUACAACUAUGACGCCUACCUGACAACAGGUUCUAGAACCAGUGACUUUAAGUUCGUCAGUUCUUGCAAUGACAACACACUGCCUGCUGACCAGACUCUGAGGAAAAGUCCAUCAGACUUUGCUGAGGCGUUUGGGGAUUGUGAUAGUUCUCCUGAGGUAGGAACAUGUUACAUAUAAUCUGUCCCAGAUGUGUAAAAAUUCUUCAAUUUGCAGUAAUUUUAUACACGCAUCCACACAAGCACUUACACAGCCAACUUGUCUCUGUUUGUUCACUUUGGUGCUCUCUCUCUCACUGUUUUCAACCAGGAGGAUAUACAGUAUUUGACUUUCUUGGCUGGUUUCUCUUUGCCUUGGUGUUGAACAUUGUUUUACUGAUGCAUUUUGGGCUCCUCGACUUCUAUUCUGUUGUGACUUUUCUUUAUCUUGCUGAGUUUUAUUCCUUUAGAUUGCCUCUGCAUAUAUUUUUUGAUAAUAUAUUCUAUAAUAAUAAUAGGUUUUCUUUAUUUACAUAUUGUCAAUUGAAUAAGUUGCACCUUCGCUCUCCAGUUUUACGUUUUGCUUCCUUCAGUUGCAGUGGGAU